AUGAAUUGUCCCUCUCGGACGGACGAGCCGGCUCGCAGCGACGGCCACAACCAGAACCCCAACGCGCUAUCCAAUGACCUGACGACCAACCAGGACCUCAACGGCAUGGCCAACGCCCGGCGUCUGCGCCGCACCGCCUCGCUUCCGCUCCAGAGUGCCGGCCUAGCCGACGAUGCUGCUGCUGCGACCGGGGUCAUGAUGGAAAGCACAGACGAAGGCGCGGGCCCGUCGGCCGGCGUCGUGGCCGGUGACCGGAUGUCCGUGGCUGAGGCCCCGGCUCCGGCCCCGGUGUCUCCGCAGCUCGGCUCCUCUACCGAAAAGGAGCCAGCGCGGAGCCGAGUCCAGGCAGAGGGCCUGGACGGAGGGGGACGGGGAGAGGAUAGAGAGGGGGUAGAACGACAGGACCUGACUCCGAACAACAUCAAGCACCGGGGCAUUUCCGGCUUUUUUCGUCGCGUCGGCAAGACUCUGGUGACGUUCUACCGUUUCGUUGGGCCGGGCUUCAUCGUCGCCGUGGCGUACAUCGAUCCGGGCAACUAUUCGACCGACAUUGCGGCCGGUGCGUCGUACCGCUUCCGGCUGCUCUUCAUCGUCCUGCUGAGCAACCUGUUUGCCAUCUUUCUGCAGAGUCUGGCCAUCAAGCUCGGCACUGUGACGGGUCGCAACCUGGCCGAGGCCUGCCGCGCCUUUCUGCCGUGCUGGCUCAACGUGACCUUGUACGUGCUGGCCGAGAUCGCCAUCAUCGCCACCGACAUUGCCGAGGUCAUCGGCACGGCCAUCGCCCUGAACCUGCUGCAGCCCAAGAUCCCGCUGGUCGCCGGUUGCGCCAUCUCCAUCGUUGACGUCUUUGUCGUUCUCUUCUUCUGCCGGCCGGCUGACGAGGGCGAGCAGUCGAAAAAGGGGACGGCCAACCAACAACCACGCCAACACGUUCGCCGCGGCAUGCGCGCCUUUGAGCUGCUCGUCGCCGCCCUCGUGCUCGCCGUCGUCGUCUGCUUCUGCAUCCAGCUCUCGCUCGUGCACCGCUCGACCACCGGCACCACUGCCGCCAAAGUUUUGCGCGGUUAUCUGCCUUCGUCUGCCCUGGUCCAGCCCAAGGCCAUCUACCAGGCUUGCGGCAUCCUCGGUGCCACCGUCAUGCCUCACAGCAUCUAUCUUGGCUCCGGUAUUGUCCAGGCCCGCCUGCGUGUCUUUGACGCCCAGCACGGCCUUCUCCCGGAUAUGCCUGGCACCCGGGAUGUUGACGAUUUGGCCCUUUCACUCUUCACCUUUGCCCUCUUUGUCAACUCAGCCAUCCUCGUGGUCGCUGGCGCAUCGCUUUACGGCAAUGCUGCUGCCCAGGAUGCCGACAUUUUUGCCAUACACGACUUGCUGGCCCACAGCAUCGCCCCGGCUGCAGGAACCGUCUUUGCGCUCGCUCUGCUCUUCUCCGGCCUCUCGGCCGGCGUCGUCUGCACCGUCGCCGGACAGAUGGUCAGCGAGGGCGCUCUCCGCUGGACCGUUGCUCCUUGGCUGCGCCGUCUGCUUACCCGCUCCAUCAGCAUCAUGCCCAGCAUCGUCAUCGCCGGUGCUGUCGGCCGCAACGGUCUUGACACCGCCCUCAACGCCACCCAGGUCGCCCUCAGCAUCAUCCUGCCCUUUGUCACCGCCCCGCUGCUCUGGUUUACCUGCUCAAACCGGUACAUGACCGUCCAGCCCGGUCGUGCUCGCUUCCUCCUGGACGAGAGUCGUCGUCGUCAAAAAUUGAGGGCUGCAGCUGCUGCGACUGCAACUGCGGCCUCCGGCAUUGUCGAGAAUACCGGCACUGCUGCUGUCGCCCAGCUCGAGCCGGGCGACGGCGUCGAGCAGCCCGUCAAGAUGGCCAAUUCUUGGCCCGUCGCCCUGCUAGGCUUGGCCAUUUGGCUGAUCAUGGCUGCCAUGAACGUGGCCAAUCUGGUCCUCCUGAGGUCCGCUUAA